AUGCCUUUGCGAUCUGCACUCUUGGAAGUUGUGGAGGAGGAAGGAUACGUGUUCUCGACGCUCGGGGGAUACGGACCUCACUCGCAGUACUCGAUAUCGACCUGCGUAUCUGAGUGGGAGGAGUACCUGCCGCUUCCAGCAGGCUGGGCGGUGGCACCUCAGAACGAGAUCAGCGUCAACGUCACCGCCAAGUACGACUGGGGAGCCCUUCGACUCGUGCUCGACACUGGCUCGAGCUACUUUACAAACAGCCUCAUUUCGGCAGACCACAGGUAUGAAUGGUAUUAUUACUGGUAUUACUGGUAUUACUGGAAUUACUUUCCGGGCUCCUACUACAGCAACGGCUAUCUGUCCUCGUAUGACAACGUCUACUAUCGUUCGACAGACUGCGAGUCUCGAGUUCUGCUCAUGGCGCCCAUGUGCGCAGCUGGCUACAUGCUCAGUCCUCCUGCAGUCUCCGGGUCAGGCCCCUCCAACUCCUCCCGCUGCAUUCCCUGUACCAACACCAUCCCCACAGACGCCCACUACGUGAUCUCGCCCUACCCGCAGGAGGCGACUAGCUGCGGGUGGAGCUGUCAGGUUGGCUUCUACCCGACAGGAUCUUCAUGCUCCAAGUGUGUGGGCAAGCCCUCGGCUGCCGUCUAUGUUGCAACCGGACUGAUGGGCAAGCCGGACAGCUGUGACUGGAGCUGCCUGCCGGGCUAUCACGAGGUAGAGGGGUGGAAGUGUGAGGCUUGUUCCUCUCCUGCUCCUCUCAACGCUCACUGGGAGGGCUCUGGGUGCUCGUGGGCUUGUGACUUCGGGUUCCGCCUCAGCCAGGGCGGCACGUGCGAGGACAUCUCGAUCAAGUACAUGGGUCAGCGCUAUGCGAGCUUGGAAGGGAGAGGCCCGUACGACUCGUCGAUGUGCAUCUGGGAGGGAGCGAGGAGGCUGCCUGAGGGCUGGAUGUUGGCCCCUAACACACUCGAUAGCAUCGCUGUAGCUGCCGAAUUCCCGUGGGGGUCGAACAUCGUCGUGCUUGAAGAUGGAACGGCAUGGAACGCAGGGUACGGAAGCAUGUGCUGUGGAUCGCAACUGUACAGCUACGAUGGCUUCUAUAGGACACGAGACUUCUGUGGGACAGUUCUUGUGGUGGCUCAAGAAUGUCUGCCCGGACAUCACAGAGACGCGAACAACAUGACGCUGUGCGUCCCAUGCACCAACUGGAAACCUGAGCAUACGACAUACAACAGCAGCGGGUCUCCCGUGUACAAGAACAACUGCGACUGGGAGUGUGACGACGGCUUCUACCCGUCAGCCUCUGCCACCUCGUGUGUCUCCUGCUCUCUCGCCCCUCCACAUGCAGUCUACUCCAGCAGCCCAGGAGACAGCUGCAGCUGGACAUGCCUAGUUGGCUACUAUCGCCAAGGCGCUAGCUGUGUGACUUGCCAGGUCAACCUUCCUGACUUUGCCUACUUCCUGGGGAGUCCAGACGGUUCGAAGAAUUGCGAGUGGGCAUGUCGUUUCGGGUACAUCAGGCGAGGUCAAAGAUGCAUCGGAGUGGAGUUUGCGGGAAGGUUCUACACAACUCUUGCAGGGCGAGGCCCUCACGACUCACAGAUAUGCACCAGUCAAGAGUAUCUGCCGGUACCGUCAGGUUGGGAGCUCGCUCCAAACGAUGACAACAGCAAGAGAGUGACCUGGAUGUAUCCUUGGGGCUCUUGCGGCAUGGUGUUGUCAGACGGAUCUGAGUGGCACACGGCUUGGUGUACAAGCUCAAACACCUUCGAGUUUUGUUGCUGGCACGCCUUGUACUCCUACAACGGAUUGUACCAGCCUGAUAGUUGUUGGGACUCUGUACUCCUCAGGUCUAUAGAUUGCGCUCCUGGAUACACGAAAAGUGGUUCAAACUGCGAGCCAUGCAGCAACAAGAUUCCAGCUGAGUCUUCAUACGGCCUUGUAGUAGCAAACAACAACCAACUCCUUGAUGCGUCAUGCGCGUUUGUGUGCAACGCUGGCUACAAACAGCGAGACGGAAUUUGCCAGCCUUGCGACAACGCAAUGAAGCCUCUGAACAGCGAGUACAUACAAGUAAACCAGCGCAAUGACCCCAUGUAUGAAUGUCAAUGGCGAUGCCUUAACGGCUACUUCCUCAAGGACGGCCAGUGCGUCGCAUGCGAGGACAAGAAGCCGCGAUGGGCUCGGUGGCUGCCGGAGGGAGACAACGGCAUGACAUGCGGCUGGGCUUGCGACUUCGGCUACUUCGUGUCGGCGGAGGGAGACUGCCUCCCGCUGGAGGUCCAGGGCAGGUACUACGCGGCCCUCGACGGCUCGUCGCCGUACAAGCCGUACUACGGAUGCAACUACAACCAUGAGCUCUACCCGAUGCCGGCUGGCUGGGAGAUAGCCCCGGACUCUAGAGACAGCCAGCUGACGGCAUGGAGGUACAGCUGGGGGAGGUGUGGGCUUAUGGUGGCAAACGGUCAAACAUGGUGCACAGCAGGGUGCUGCUCGUCGUGGACUCCGCAGGACUGCUGCUCGUCGCUCGUAUCCUACGACGGCAUGUACAGGUCGACAGACUCUUGCACGUCCGUCCUGCUCGUGUCGCACUACUGCGCGGCGGGCUACUACCUCCGUAACGACUCGAGCUGCGGCAACUGCUCCAACCCCAUACCCCCUCACGCCCUCUACGCCCGGCAGCCUGACCCCCGCCGCUACGACGACAGCGUCUGCGCUUGGGAGUGCGAGCCCGGGUACGUGCGGCAAGGCGAGGCUUGCGAGCCUUGCAAGACGGCGCCGGAGCACGCGGAGUACGUAGCGUACGGGCCGGGAGGAGUCAACGGGUCAUGGACGGUGUGCGGGUGGAGGUGCGAAGGCGGCUACUUCCUCAAGGACGGCCAGUGCGUCGCAUGCGAGGACAAGAAGCCGCGAUGGGCUCGGUGGCUGCCGGAGGGAGACAACGGCACGACAUGCGGCUGGGCUUGCGACUUUGGUCGUUUUCUCACCUCGAGUCACGUGAGGGGCAACAGCAGCAGCUGUGAGCUGUUCGAGUACGGGAAUCGCUACUACGCUUCUCUCAACGGUCAUCGCGCUCAAGAUUACUACAGCUGUAACACACCGAUGAGCUUUCACAGCAUCCCGGCAGGCUGGGCGGUCGCGUCCAACACUUGGGAAAGUCAGAUGGCCAUCGCUAGUCAGCGUUGGGGGGUCUGUUACAUGCAGCUCUCAGACGGCAACCUCUACUACACCUCCAACUGUUACUGCUGUAACUGGCCUUGGGCAUGGACUUGGUCGCAAGUGUCGUCCUUCAACGGGCAGUAUCGGGCGUAUGAUUCCUGCUCAGACAUUCUCCUUGCUUCGCUCUACUGUGCUCCCGGGUUCUACCUCUCCGGCUCUUACUGCUACGCCUGCUCCAACCCCAUCCCCGCCAACGCCAGCUACGCCUUAGCGACAAGUCCCAGCCAGUAUGCAGACAGCAAGUGUCCCUGGGAGUGCAACGCCGGCUUUUACCGGAGCUCCGAAUGGAUGGUGUGCUUCCCCUGUACCAACCCCAUUCCCAAGUUCGCCUACUACUCCUCUGCUGGUCUGCUAGAUCAGCCUGACUCGUGCCAGUGGUCAUGCGCUAUCGACGGCCGUGACGGUCAAGCUUGCAACGUCAGCGUUGACUUACAGCACGUGGUCAGGUAUAGCGGCAAAGUCUAUGCAGCCUUCGAUGAUGUUUCUCCGACGUCGUUGGACCGAACGUGUCAGCGGGACGGCUCCCUGUACCAGCAGCCUCCGGUUGGUUGGACGUUGGCGUCUUGGAGCCAGGAGGCAGUCAAGGUCAUCGCCUCGUACCCGUGGGGGGCUCGUGGGAUGGUGCUGGCAGACGGUUAUGGUUAUCAGACCGCAAAGCCUUACCAGGACUACAAGGGCUUCGAAACUCCCGGCACCAUGAUCAUCAUGAGCAACCUGUACCGCAGCGGCGACUCCUACGCUCUGCAGUAUUGCGACGAUGGCUACAAUGCGUUCCGCAUGCUACUAGUGCGCCUCGAAUGCGAUGACGGCUACCAGGGCCGGGGCGACCAGGAGUGCCAGCCAUGCUCGCUUAGCCUGCCAGCAAACGCCGUCGCCUCCUCCGGGCCCAGCGGAUGCGCCUGGGCCUGUCGAGAGGGCUACUACAAGUUGCAUGAGGGAUGCUCGUUAUGCGACUCGAGAUACCCGAAGCCCAACAACGCUGUCUACGUGGCAGAUGACGGAUCCAGUCGCUCCAUCUGUCCAUGGCGAUGCAGCACAGGCCACUACCGGAGCCAAGGGGCUUGUCUGCCAUGCUCCAGCACCCCCAACUUCGCCACGUACAUCGACAGCCCCAGCAGCGAGUGUUCCUGGCGCUGCCUGCCGGGAUACUUCAAGAUGGGCUUGCUGUGCCUUCCCUGCACGAGCCCGCCUCUGACCGACAGCGGUGUGCUUGUGAGGCCAGCUGCGGUGCUGUGCGACGUGACUGCGAGCUGCAGCGGCGAUUCCGUUGAGAGCAUGCGGUAUCAGUGCAGUUGGAUCCCUGCCGUCUCCUCCAGCAGCGGCGACGAAUAUGCGGUGCUGAUGGACAACAUGACAGAUCCAUGGGACCCCCUGCAAGGGCCCGUCACAUCCUCCAAUCAGAGGCUUCAGUGCGGCAUGGUCCAGCUGCCGGCGGGCUGGCAAGUAGCGCCCAAUGACAAGGACGCAGUUGGAGUGAUCGCUCGCUACCCCUGGGGCCUCGACCGGCUGGUGGUGGCGGACGGCACCGUGUACUCAACUUCCAACCAAGACUACACGCCUGCUGGGACGGUCGUGCAGCUCGACGGCUUGACCAAGUCAAUCCGGACAGAUGCCGAGCUGUACGCUCUUGCACCAGGUCAGUACUGUCAGAACACGCGCAUCUUGAUCAAGAAGAUUCGCUGCGCUCCUGGACAGUUCGUCUCUGCUUCAUCAUGCCGCCCCUGCUCGAGCCCCGUCUGUGGCAGCGGACAGCAUGCCCUUCCCUGCUCGGAGCUGCAGGAUAGCAUCUGCAGCUCCGCCAUUAAGCCCUGCACGGGCAAGUGCCGAUGUAAGCUGUAUGAGGAGACGAAUGGGUUUCUGACGGACGGAUCGUCGCUGUCAAGCCUCUACGAGGACAGGAGCAACUGCCGGUGGAUCAUCCAGCCGCCUGGCGCCUCCUCGAUCAGCAUCAACUUCACCUCCUUCGCGCUCGAAGCUGGAUACGACUUUCUCACGAUCAACCAGUGUAUCGGCCUUGCUGGAACGACGCUUGAGUGCAUUGGGAGGACGGAAGUUGCGAAGCUGACCGGGUCGCACAUGCCCGGCAGUCUGUCCUACGCCUCCUCUUACGGGAUCGUUGAAGUUCUGUUUCAGACCGAUGAUAGCGUGGCUUACCAAGGGUUCACGAUGAUGUGGACCGCAAACGUGUCUAACAGCACGCUCUCGCGGUACUGGUUCGCGAAGCAGCAGUUCCUUCACUGUCAGAUCCAGCACAGCUGGAAGGAAAUCAUCCAAGGCCUCAGCACUGGCAACGAGACGUACAAGAUGGGAGGACUUGGUCAGCUCAUGAUCCGACGCGUCAUGGAGGUCUGGGUGUGCAGCUACGCUGACGCUUGCGCGACGCCCGGAGACGCUUUCUGCUACAUCUAUGACGAGCAGAGGAAGCUGUUUGUUCCAUGGGACAUGGGAGGCAAUCUCAAGCUGAUCUGA